AUGGAGGUCCUGAAGGAGAAAGUGGAGGAGGAAGAGGCGGCGGAGCGAGAAGAAGCAGCCGAGCGGGCCGAGAGGGGAGAGAAAACAAAGAGGCCGAUGGAGGUGCGGAGAGGGGAAACCACCAUGACGCAGGAGAUGCUCAGAGACCUGGAGAGGAAGCUGUCAGAGAUCGAGGUCUCUGUCCCGGAGAAGCUCUUGACCUUCACCAAGGACACUAUCGACACCUCCAAGCUGCCCCUUUCCUACCAAAGCAACACGCUCAAGGAGGAGCACCUGCUGCAGGUGGCUGACAACUUCUCCCGCCAGUACAGCCACCUGUGCCCGGACCGGGUGCCCCUCUUCCUGCAUCCGCUGAACGAAUGCGAAGUGCCUAAGUUCGUGAGCACAACCAUCCGGCCCACACUGAUGCCCUACCCUGAGCUCUACAACUGGGACACCUGCGCCCAGUUCAUCUCCGACUUCCUGUCCAUGGUGCCUUUGCCCGACCCCCUCAAACCUACAGUCAAGGAGGAGGAAAAGGCACCCCCUAAGAAGUACGCCAUCAAACCGCCCAGGGACCUGACCAGCAGGUUUGAGCAGGAACAGGAGAUGAAGAGGCAGGAGGCAAUAAAGGCUGAGGAGGAGAAUCGGCGGAAGCAGGAGGAGGCACGCCUCUUGGAACAGGAAAAUGCAAAGACCGACCCCCUGCACGGCCUUCGUGUGCAUUCCUGGGUCCUGGUGUUGUCGGGGAAACGCGAGGUGCCUGAGAGCUUUUUCAUUGACCCAUUCACUGCACGUAGCUACAGCACCCAGGACGAUCACUUCCUGGGAAUUGAGAGCCUUUGGAACCACAAGAACUACUGGGUCAACAUGCAGGAUUGUUGGAACUGCUGCAAGGAGUUGGUCUUCGACCUGGGAGACCCCGUGAGGUGGGAGUACCUGCUCUUGGGGACUGACAAGCCUUUCCUGUCCCUGACCGAGGAGGAGGACGAGGGGAUGAAUGAUGAUGAUGACGUGGAAAACCUGGGCAAGGAGGAUGAGGAUAAGAGCUUCGACAUGCCGCCCUCGUGGGUGGAGCAGAUUGAGAUCUCCCCGGAAGCAUUCGAGACCCGCUGCCCAAACGGGAAGAAGGUGAUACAGUACAAGAGGGCGAAGCUGGAGAAGUGGGCCCCGUACCUCAACAACAACGGCCUCGUGUGCCGCCUCACCACCUACGAGGACCUGGAGUGUACCAAGACUUUGGAGGUGAAGGAGUGGUACCAGAACAGGGAGGACAUGUUGGAGCUGAAGCACAUAAACAAGAUCACGGGCUUGAAUGUCGACUAUUUCAAGCCAGGCCACCCCCAGGCACUGCGCAUGCACUCGUACAAGUCCAUGCAACCUGAGAUGGACCGUGUCAUGGAGUUUUACGAAACGGCCCGCGUGGACGGCCUGAUCAAGCGGGAGGAGACGCCCAAGACGAUGACAGAGUACUACCACGGACGGCCGGACUUCCUCUCCUACCGCCAUGUCAAUUUCGGGCCCCGGAUGAAGAAGCUGGCUUUGAACAGCGCGGAGUCAAACCCCCGGCCCAUGGUGAAAAUCACAGAGCGAUUCUUCCGCAACCCUGCGAAGCCUGCGGACGAGGACGUGGCCGAGCGAGUGUUUCUGAUCGCGGAGGAGCGCAUUCAGCUGCGCUAUCACUGCCGCUCGGACCACAUCACGGCCAACAAGCGUGAGUUUCUGCGGCGCAUGGAGGUGGACAGCAAGGGCAACAAGAUCAUCAUGACCCCUGACAUGUGUAUCAGCUUCGAGGUGGAGCCAAUGGAGCACACCAAGAAGCUUCUCUACCAGUACGAGGCCAUGAUGAAGCUGAAGAACGAGGAGAAGCUGUCCAGACAUCAAGCCUGGGAGUCAGAGCUGGAGGUGCUAGAGAUCCUGAAGCUUCGGGAGGAGGAGGAGGAGGCACACACACUGACCAUCUCCAUCUAUGACACCAAGCGCAACGAGAAGAGCAAGGAGUACCGGGAGGCCAUGGAGCGCGUGCUACAUGAGGAGCACCUGCGACAGGUGGAGGCCCAGCUGGACUACCUGGCCCCGUUCCUGGCCCAGCUCCCGCCUGGGGAGAAGCUCACGCGCUGGCAGGCAGUGCGCCUCAAGGAGGAGUGCCUCAAUGACUUCAAGCAGCGGCUCAUUGACAAAGCCAACCUCAUCCAGGCCCGGUUUGAAAAGGAGACUCAAGAGCUGCAGAAGAAGCAGCAGUGGUAUCAGGAGAAUCAGGUGACCCUGACACCUGAGGAUGAAGACUUAUACCUGAGUUACUGCUCUCAGGCCAUGUUCCGCAUCCGUAUCCUGGAGCAGCGGCUCAGUCGACACAAGGAGCUGGCCCCACUGAAGUACUUGGCUCUGGAGGAAAAGCUCUACAAGGACCCACGCCUGGUGGAGUUACUUAAAGUCUUUGUUUGAUGCUCUUCACCCCCUACACCUGUGGUCCUCUGAGUCCCUCCUGAGGCCCCAGCAAAGCUGCCAGAGAAAGAAACCUCCCCCAAAGCCUGGCCCUUUGUGUUCCGUACGCCCAGCUAAUGACCAUCCACUCAGGCACACUACUUUCCUGCUUUUCCUAAUUUACCUAUAAAUAAACACUUGCCAUUUGCCACAUGUACCUCAUGUUUCACAGACUCCAGCAGCAGCCCUUUUUUCCUUCCCUUCUUUAUCUGUGGCCUGGGACCACCUUUACAGCCUUAUCUUAUUUAAUACAGCAACUGCAUCCCCAUUUCACACAUGGCUAAUUAGUGGCUGAUAAGAAGAGGCGCUGGAAUUCAGUCUCUUGCAGCCUAGCGUCAAGAAGCCAAGUUCUGGGGCACACACCGUAGGCUUGCCAUUCCCACUUUGUGAGCUGGGCCACCCCAGCCAUGGUGGGGAUGCAAGGCCCUCAGUUUGCAGACAAGAAACUGGAAGCUCUGAAAUGUACCGGAUCCAGAGCUACAUGGCUGUCUCAGCCUUAACCCCGGGUCUGACUUCAUAAGCAUUAUAUCCCUUUAAACAAGAUCCCAGCGGCUUUCUCCCAAGACAUGUGUGUGACCCCUGCCUCUGCUCCUCUGACUUCUGUGGGUAGCGGCUCUUCCCAAAGCCCACCCUACCCGAG